AGCUGCUACCGCUGCUCAGAAAACGAAACGCGUUCAGAUGAAGAAAGCUGGUCAUAUUCACACCACCACUCGCUUCUACCGUCCUAAGACUCUUGAGCUUGCCCGCAAGCCCAAGUAUGUGAGACACGCUGUCCAGAAGGAGAACAAGAUGGACGCUUACGCCAUUAUCAAGAAGCCCGCUGUGAGCGAGUCUUCGAUGAAGAAGAUUGAGUCUGAGAACAUUCUCACCUUCUUCGUGGAUAUCCGUGCCAACAAGAGACAGAUCCGCCAGGCUAUCAACAAGCUGUACAACGUCAAGUGCGACAAGGUGAACACUGUUAUCUCUCCUCUGGGCUUCAAGAAGGCGUUUGUGCGCAUGAGCGGAGAGAACGAGGCUAUGGACGUCGCCAACAAGAUUGGUAUCUUCUAAAGGGGUUGACCGCAGCAUAGCUUUGUCCAU